AUGACAAACCACUACUACUCCGCUCCAAAACAUAACCGCUCCAUACCAACAACACCAUUCGGAGAUGCAACGAGCUUCGAUCUAACCCUCGUCUCGGUCGACAACCUCCAGUGUAAACGUCGGAUCGGCCACCGGUUUAGAGUGUACGCAGAGGUCCAACUAGAUGGCGGCAAGGUCACGAAAACCGACACGUACGAGGCGGGAGGGCCGGAUCCGACGUGGAACUUCACCGUGCAUUACCCUGUAGCAGAUGUAACGGGAGGGAAUCUGGUGGUGCGUCUCUACUAUAAGAGAAGUGUGGGACACGCUUCUAUUGGUGAGGUGAACAUUGAUGUGAGUAGACUUUUCGAUGGUUGGCGUGACUCUCGUCAGAAUACUAAGACAUUCCAGUUGCCGAAGGGGGAAUUGAAUGUUACCUAUCGUUUUGUAUGA